AUUACUUACAAAUGGGGGGUUCGCUGAACGCCGAUCGGGUCUGUCAUCUGCCCAUUCAUGUCAAUCCUUUCGAUGAAAGUGUGGCUAAAUAUAUGAAAAAGUUGCCAAAGAGUAUUGAAUGUCAUUAUGAAUCGGAUCCCAAGAAUAAUCUCACUUUCAUCGAUGGCGCGGGAAUUCUUCGCCAGACAUUAGGCUAUUAUAGGUGUAAAUAUCAGUUGUUUGAUAGACUCAAAGGCAAUGACAAUCAAAUAACUUAUAAACCAAUGAAACAGUUGGACCCGAAGAAUGGUUUUCCAAUGGGAGACAACAGUUUUGUGUUCGUUGUGUGCGAAGAGAUGGCCGGCCGAAGGGUCUACGAAAAUACUCACUUUUGGUUCCCAUUGACUCCGAACCACAAUUAUAACACUUCGGUCGAUAUCAGCGAUAGGCCGUCGGUAUUGGUGUUAGUGAUUGAAUCGCUUUCUCGCGUCAAUUACUUGCGAUUUAUGCGACAAACGAGAGACUCAAUGGAAAAGAUGGGAAAAGUAGUGUAUAUGAAAGGGUUAACCAAAUUAGCGGACAAUUCGUUCCCAAAUAUGGUCCCAUUUUUGACGGGAAGACGUGUUUGGAAUAACGAACUCACGAACGAAGACUUCGGUCCUUACGAUGAUUGGCCUUUCGUUUGGAAAGACUUCUCAAAAGCUGGUUAUAAGACAGCACUCAUUGAAGACUUUCCGACGUUUACUCUAUUUAACUACGAGUCCAAAGGAUUCGUGGAAAAGCCCGUGGAUUGGUAUCCGCGACCCUUUUGGAUACACCUCUUUAGAGACGUCUCCAAAAUAUUGUUAGGAUUAAUACCCUUUGAAUUGAGUAACUGUUAUAUCGAUCGCUUUCCCAAAAUCAAUCUAUUUCUGGAGCAAAUCAAGCAUUUCAUCCACGAAUGCCAAACAAAACACUUCCCAUAUUUUGCGUUCACUUUUUACAUCGAAGUCACACACAAUGACUUCAAUAGAGUACAACUCAUUGAUUCACACGUUUCGCAUUUCUUUGAACAGAUGAAGAAUCAAUUAAAUGAUACGAUUGUUAUAUUAAUGGGAGAUCACGGCAACAGAUUUGGACCCCUAUUGCAGACAGUGAUCGGCAGAAUUGAAGAACGAAUGCCUUUGUUUGGGGUUAGAAUU